AUGAGUGGAGAUCAUCGCAACUCUGGGACCACCGCUGGAGCUCCAGGUGUUGGAAGGAUGCCACAAGCCAAGUUGGUGCUCCUUGGAGAUACAGGUGUCGGCAAGUCUAGUUUGGCUUUGAGAUUUGCACGUGGUCAGUUUCCCACCCACUGUGAGACUACUAUUGGGGCUGCUUUCCUUACACAGACUGUUAAAGUUCAGGGAAAGAAUAUCAAGCUGGACAUUUGGGACACUGCCGGCCAGGAGAGGUACCACAGCUUGGCACCCAUGUACUACAGAGGAGCCCAGGCUGCAAUUGUGGUAUACGAUGUUAACAAUGCUAACACAUUUGAUCGGGCUGUCUCAUGGAUUGAUGAACUCAGACAGCAGACAACAGGCAACAUUCUGAUAGUGCUGGCAGGCAACAAACUGGAUCUAGCUUCAGAACAUCGAGCAGUACAAACAGAGGAUGCCAGAGUGUUUGCUGAAGAAAAUGGGUUGAUUUUUGCAGAAUGUUCAGCAAAAAGUGGCCAUGCAGUAAAUGAAAUGUUCAUGAUGAUUGCUCAAAAAAUGAUUGCGAAACAGUUAAACAAUACAAACCCUGGCCAAGUAAGAUUGAACAAUGAGGCAGAUUCGUCAGGAUGCAGAUGUUAA